AUGGAGGAGACAGGACGUCAAAAGGCGGGUAGUAGACAACAGUCACCCACUGGACAACGAAAGACUUUGGAUUCAUACAUUGGAAAGACCAUCAAGCUCAAAACAGCCUCCAAUGAAGAAGUCGAGGGCUUAAUCUACACUUAUGAUAAAAUCACCAACUGCAUCAAGUCCUCGUUCCGUAUUAUUAAAAUCUCGUUUGUAAAAGAAAUUAUGUCUAUUGGAGGUGAGGCCAAAAAAGAUUAUUUGCCUAUUGGACCUGUAGCAGUAGAUCAGUUGAAGAAUCGUGAAGCAGAUGCACUCAAGGGUUUAGGAAACCAAGUUUCCAAGAUGGGUGUUGGCGUUACCAAGGAAGGACAGGAUAUAUUUAAUGCGUUGAGUAAAACAUUACCGUGUCGAUGGUCAAAGGAUACAAUUGUAGUGAUGGAUGAAGUUUUGAUUACACCACCUUAUAGCGUAGAGAAUUGUAAGGCAAAUGCAACAUCAGUUGCAUCUCUUGCAAGAGUAAAGAAAGUGCUUGAAGGCGAGAGAAAAAGAUUAUUAAAGUGA